CAAAUCAAUCGAACUGCGGAAACUUGAGCAAUGAACUUUUUGAAAUCGGCAGCAUACCUAGGUAGUGUUGACGGGCUAAUUAUCCCAUAUCUUCGUCAUUGAUUGAAGAUAUCACUCUUCCCAAGGCAUGUUGAGUGGCAGUCGUAGCUGGCUGCAAUGCUCAAGAUGCCUUGGACAUUCACUACGCACGGCAGCUAGGCCCUCCUUUGCGAGAGUUCGCUAUCAAAGUUCCUCCUCCACUCCCUCCGAGAGCUUUACUCAGAUCUCUCCCAUCCUACUGCGUCGCGCUCGCGCCGUCGCUGCUGAGCGUGACCAGCUGUCCGCGGCGAAUGCAGAGAACUACGAUGUGACAGUCGCAAAGAAAAUCGGCGAAUUGAGCCCUGUCUGUACAGCGUUGAAAGAUUGGGAAGAUGCGCAGAAUUCCCUGAACGAACUAACCGCCCUCCUGCACGACCCAUCGUCCGACGCCGAACUACGGACCCUUGCGCAGUCAGACAUAGACUCAACCGUGUCCUCCCUGCCUGCCUUGACAUCCCGCCUCAGGACCUCUCUGAUCCCGCCCCACCCCUUCGCCAAUAUGCCCUGCAUGAUCGAAAUCCACCCGGGCGCCGGUGGCAGCGAGGCCUCCCUCUUCGCCCAGACAUUGCUCGAUAUGUACCGCGCCUUCUGCGCGCGGAUGCGAUGGCCCACGACCCUGGCAAGCUACACACCCGAUGAAUCCGUGCCCGAGGACGCAAUGACCGACGCCCUUCUCGAAAUCAACGCCCCGGGAAGCUACGACCUGUUAAGGACUGAGGCCGGCGUGCACCGUGUCCAGCGCGUGCCGAGCACGGAGAAAAAGGGCCGUACGCACACGAGUGCCGUGAGCGUGCUUGUUCUGCCAAAUCUACCCGAGACUGGAGGGGACGAUCUGGAUUACGAGAAUCCCGAGAGCGACUACUACAUUGCACCGCAAGAUGUGCGCAGCGAGACUAUGCGUGCCCGAGGCGCUGGCGGUCAGCAUGUCAACAAGACGGACAGCGCGGUCCGAUUGACGCAUAUACCGUCGGGGAUCGUGAUAAGCAUGCAGGAGUCGAGAAGUCAACACAAGAACCGCGAGAAGGCCUGGCAGCUUUUACGAUCGAAGUUGGCGCAGAUCCGUCGGGAGCAGAGGGAGGCCGAGGUGAUCAACCUGCGGCGGAGUGUCAUGGGUGGUGUGGCACGCACGGGCAGGGAGGAUAAAGUGCGCACAUACAACUACUCGCAGAACCGGGUGACAGACCACAGGAGUGGGAAGGAGUCGAGUAACCUUGACGCCGUGCUGGGUGGCGGACAUGAGCUUGAGGAUCUCAUGGAUAGUGUUAGGGAGUGGAUGAGCGAGAACGAGGUUCGAGGACUGUUGGCAGAGGAGGAAUUACGAGCGAAGAUGUCGGACAGCAAUGAGCCUGGAAAGAAAUAAAGCUGUAACAACAAGAAUUAAGCAUCGUAAUGCA